AUGACCAAGCAGUUGCCGCUGCCGCCGCGCUUCUUCAAGUGCCCGGAGCUCUCGGAGCGCGAGGAGCACUACCUCGUGGGCAAGGCCAAGGAUUCGGCCAAAGCCUUAGUGGACGCCACGCGCAACAAUGAAGGGCCCGUGCGCUGGGAGGAGGCCGGCAUGCACCGCGGCGUGCAGAUGUACAAGGGCGAGGCCCGCUACCCGGAGAGCGUCGUGGGCGAGGCCAUCACGUACGGCUGCGGGGCCACCACGAUCCAGUCCACGCUGGACGAGGUGGCCGACUUCUUCGACCUGUCGACGGACGCCAAGGUCAAGCAGUUCGUCGAGUUCAACGACGACAUGCUGGACGCGCAGCUGCUGUACGUGAUCCGGGACCCGGCCGUGCUGAACGACCCCAAGUACCACUCGCGCAACACCCGCAGCGGCUCGAGCAAGAUGCUCAACGCCAACCAGGUCACGGUCAAGUGGUUCGCGUCCGAGCUGCCGUCCAAGCUGCUCAAGAACCGCGACUUCCUCACGGUCGAGUGCCAGAGCACCUUCAUGGACGUCAGCGGCCGGCGCGGCUGGGUGCGGUCCUACCACUCCAUCAAGCUGCCGUGCUGCCCCGAGCUCAGCGACUACAGCCUGGUGCGCGGCAGCGUGUACCACACGGGCCACGUCUUCGUCGAGAGCGAGCGGCCCGGCUUCCUCGACGUCAUUUACAGCGCACAGGUCAACAUGAAGGGCAAGGUGCCGACGCCGCUGUUCAUGACUAUCCAGAAGAAGCGGUUGUCCAACAUCGCCGACCUGCAGCGCAUGAUCACGCGCCGACGACUCGGAGCCCAGCGCUUCCUCGGCGACCUGGAGCUCGUGCCCAAGAGCCAACGCACGCGCUGCAACUUGUGCUCGCAUAAGUUCGGCCUGAUCACGCGCAAGGCGCGCUGCCGCAAGUGCGGCGAAGUGGUCUGCUCGUCCGCGUGUAGUACGGAGUGGGAGGUGUCGAUCCCCGGCCAGGGCGUUAGGAAGGUGCGCGUGUGCUCCAAGUGCGCGCAGCACACAGACCCGUCGGUCUUCGAGGACAUCCCGCCCAGCCAGCAGUACUCCGACAGCAACAGCGCCCACGACGAUGAGCCGCCUCUGAUGAGCGUGCGCGCCCCAGGCUACCAGUAUGAGUGCUACAACAGAAGCGACACGGGCUCGCCUACUACGCGCAGCGCGCGCCGUCCGCCCAGCUACGGCCAGCCCAGUCUCGACAGCGAAGAGUACGAGAACGGCUACCGUCGACAGAACUCUGGCCGACGAGGGCCACACAAUGACAGCUACGAAGAGAGGUACAGCCAGAACGACAGCUACGAGGACCCGGACCCGGAGUACCCGCGCACAGUCGAGAUGCCCAGCGCUGAAUACGGCGGACUCAGCCUCGACUCGGAUCGCUACACGAACGACUCGGCCGAGUACGACGACUACCCUCCGUCCAACAGGAGGCACCGCGAGGACAGCAGGAAGUACGACCCGCGCAACCCGGACAUGUACGACCACGAGACGUACGGUAUGUCUCCCCCACAGCACCGCGACCAGGAGCAGAGGCGAGCACUGCAGCGCCAGCAGCGUGCGUUGCAACAGCGUCAGGACAAGCAGCGUCUGUUGAAGCGCCAGCAACAGCAGCAGGAAGCGCUCAUGCGCCGUCGCCAGCAGCAGCAGACGGAGGAGUACGACAACUACCGAGAGGAGCUCGAGGUGUCGUUCAACAGCAGCGAGUUUAGCCAGUCGAACCACAGCGGGGCCAGUUCGGAAGCGCCGUCCUUCCUCACCUCCAGUCUGCUGGCCCAGCACACGGAGCAAAUGGGCAAGCCUGGACCCGUCACGAAGAACGAGAGGGUUGCUGCCCGCCGUGCAGUGCAGCAGGAGCGCACAGAAAAACCGACCGAACGAGGCACGAGGCGUAAGAAGGAACCGGAGCACCGCCUUCCUCCGCCCGUGCUCCCUACCGAUCGGCCACUGACGCGGCUGGAGCAGAUGCAGGUGGCGCAAUGGGAGCAGCAGGAGGCCAUGUUCAAGAACCAUGCCAACGUCUUCGACGCGGAGUUUGAGGCCGUGGAGAUCCUGCCGUCGUACGUCUGUCGCCGACGAGGAAGCUCGGAAGGCUCCGGCCGACGCCGCGGCCCGGAGCUGCCGUCCUUCUUCCGCAGUCCGCACAGCAGCGCGCACUCGCAGGGCCAAGCAGCUCCACCGUUGGGCGACUCGAACCCGGCCAAGCUCUCGGGGAACAAGGUGCAGGCUGCCGACAAGUCAGGACAACGCACGGUGAGCGUAGCGGACGACGAAGACCGGCUAAACAACUCGGCAGGGCGUGACGACUCCAUCAACGGGCUGGCCAUCAACUUCGGCUCGCUGCUGCGUCCCGAGGACCUGCGUCCUACCGAGGAGAGCAUGUGUUUGUCGCUGGACUCGAGCGAUCUGGACCAGAGUGUCAUGGAUGACCUUAGUGCGGCCAACCCCGGUAAGGCCGGCGCUACGGACGCCAAGAACCGCGCGGACCUGUCCAAGGCCACCGUCGUGCGGCUGUACCAGCAGAUCCUGGAGCUGACCAACAAGAAGCACGAGUUAGAAGCGCAGCCCGAGUCGGACCCGACCGAGAGGAAGGAGAUAGCUCGGAAGCUGGACGAGCUCUACGAGAAGCUCAACGCGCAGGCGGAAAUGUAA